CGGUAACCUGGGAAGUCGCAAACUUUUAGUAUGACGACGAGGUUGUUCGCGAUCCACAGAUGCUUUCCGGGGGGCAGUGAUAAGUGAAGCAUUGUUGAACCACUCUUCGCCUUAUCUUCUAAGAGAUAUACAUAAUCUAUAUAUCUCAAACAUGUCUUCACAAGUCGCAAAGGCCGCCCGCCGCGUGACCCAUGAGCUCCAUGGCGUCGUCGUGUCUGCAGGUCUCAUGCAGAAGACCGUCAAGGUCCGAGUCGGUGGUCAGAAGUGGAACAAAAUCAUCAACAAGUGGUUCGCAGACCCAAAGCACUACCUCGUACACGAUCCCAACUCCUCCCUCCGCACCGGCGACGUCGUCUCCAUCGUUCCCGGCUGGCCGACCUCCAAGCACAAGCGCCACGUUAUCAAGAACAUCAUUGCGCCAUUCGGCACUCCAGUUGAGGAGCGGCCGCCGAUUCCCACGUUAGAAGAGCGCAUCGCCGAACGAGAGGCCAAACGGGCCGCCAAGGCUGAGCGCAGGAUGAAAGCCAAAGAAGAGCAAAAGGAGUGAUACCAAGACCAAUGGCAGAGAA